AAAAGAUUUUUAGUGUGUGGAAAUUGUUAUAAUUAUCUAUACGUGAAUCCUAAUUUUGAGCUUCAAAAACAAGAAAAAGUUCGAAAUGGUUCUGAAUACUGGAUAAUUGUAAUACAGGUAUGUUCCUACUAUGUUUCCUUCCAUUGUCAACUUUAACUGAUUAAAUUCAAACGCUUCUCCGCUUCAACACGCAUCUUAUCUUUUAUGAACAUUAGAUACCUCGUCAGUACUCAUUAGAUACAUACCUUUAUUCUAAUGGAUAUCAAGGAAAAUUGAAGCAUUCCAUGUUCUGGAAAAAUCGCGGCCUUAUAAUUUUAGGUGGAAGAGAAAGUGAAUUCUCUUGUGCUUCAAUCUCCUUCUCUACCUCUUGUUUAGUUCUGAUCUUCAAUACUUCAAUAUGAUGAUUGAGAAUAAUCCUACUAUUCUUUGUAAAUACCACCAGAAAAUUGGUUAUUUUUAUGGCGCUUAACGUGAGAGAAGAAGAGUCCUUAACCUAAAUUCUUCUGUUUUUUUGGGCCAAGUGAGUUAUCCUGGAAUUUGCAGCACUGCUCGGCAUUCCUUGAUUUGUUGUUCUUUGUUUUGAUUAUUCGGUCCUCAAAGUUCAAAGCCGCCAUCUUGUUAAAUUCGUUUAUGACUUGAACAUGCUUUUGGUGAAACCGGUAAAAUAAUGUGAAUUUCGUUUCAAGUUUGGUAUUCAACGGUGAUACAAACCACUUAUCAACCCAAUAACACAUUCUACUGAAGAAAACAACAAAUAGAAUUAUUAUGGACAUAGAUGAGCCAAUCCAAGAGUUAUUAAAAAAUACUGGCUGGUCUUGCGAAGACCUCUUACAAAAAUUGCAAAAAUACAAAUCCAUAAAAAGUGCAUCGGGCACUGAAAAUACUUUGAGUAAUACCUCCACUACCAAAACCACUGAAAAUGAGGAUCCCAAUCGAAGUGAAACUUUGCAAAAGGGAACAGACGAUACGAGCGAUUCGGGGAAUAUUGAAACCUUCUCGGAUACAGAUGAAGAGGAAACAGAGGUGAACGUGACCAAUAGUCACAUAAUAAACGAAAUUAUAGAAGAUAUUUCUGAGACGGCAAACGUCAAUCCUCAAGGAGAUAAAAUCGCGGUAGGCGUGACGAGUAUAAAUGACACAACUGAAGUUACUGAGGUCAGAGUAGUGGAAGUGGAUGAAGAUUAUGAUGACGACAAUUUUGAAGAAAUGAAUUCACAGCCAGUUUGUUCUGAAACGUACCCCCGAAGAAGCUUCUCCACAGAUGAGAAUACGACUCUUGAAAACCCACAGCAAGACAAUGAUUUUGAGGAUAGCAUCACUGAGGCCCCAUGUGUUGAAAGAUUUGCUAGGAAAAGACCAAACACAUCAGAAGGGGAAGACAAAGAAACACCUGAAAACGAUAUGUCUCAAAAUGAAUCAACAAUUGACAUUAGCUCUGAUGAAAGCAGUCAGAGUGAUGGUCCUACCAAUGAAAUUGAAUAUGUAGAAACAUUUCCACGAAAGAAAAUAAAAUUGGAUGAUAAAAGUAUUAGCGAUGAUUGUAAAACUGAAACUAAACAGUCAUCUAUCAAUGACAUAUCUGUACCAGCCACCACCAAGCCUGAUACUGAUUGCAUGAAAGAAAGCUCUGCAUGCUGCUCAGAUGAAAAUAUUGUAGACAACACUCCUGCUUCCGAAAAUUUUCCAACAAUGUCGAAAGUUGCUGAAAUCAGCCAUCGAAAUUUGUCUUCGAGUGAUUUAUCUGCUUCCUCUGAUGUAGAUAUAACCGAGGUACCACAGAAAGAUUAUUAUAGCACCUUCCUAAGUUUUAUUAGCACCAAGAAGACAGAGAAGAGAAGCCAAAAGCCAAAACCAUAUAAAACAAAUCUCCCCUUAUUAUACAGAAGUAGAAAUAAUAUCAAGGUUCAUCUUGGCACAAAUAAAACUAGGAAAAUCAAAGUUUUUGAAGAGUCGCCUUGGAAGUUUAUACCAAGCGUACUAAAGUAUCCUAGAACUCUCGCUUCGAAGUCAAUAAACUUGAAUACUUCAUUAAAAAUACAUAAAUUACCUAAAAAAAUCAUCUCUGAAAAUGAAGAGCCUGAAAUUAGUGAAUCUGCUCUACCGAUUUCGAAUGCAUCUGAAGAUAUCAUUACAGCUACUGAGAUAAAUGAAAGUUUACCGAAUGCAACCAACUUUUCCAAACUGGUCAUUGAAAGUAAUGUUGUUGAGACUAAUGAUACGGAUAAAGCUGGAGACGAAAAAGAAGAAGUCACUGCUUCUAAUGAGAAUACACCUCAACAAAUAAUUCCAUCGCAAGAACCAGAUGAUCAGCUCAUGGACAGAGAUGAAGACUCUCCCAAUGACGAUUUGAACGAACAAGCUCCAAUAGAAAAUUUGGAGGAUAUCCGAAAUAACUUGAAGCUGCAGUUGAGUUGUCUCAGGACGAGAAAGAAACAGCAUGCUCUACAUCCCCUGACUACCAAAGUCGUUGAGCACAUUGAAUGUAGCGCAAAACUAUCGAAUAUAUUAUCAAUUGAAGGUGAAAUGACAAAUAAAAGCACUGAAGUAAUGAAGGAAAAAGAGAAUAACGAAAAGGAGGCCAAUUCGGAAGACAGUGAACUUUAUACACAAACAAAUGAGCUAGGUCUUGUCAUACUAGAUGUUCAAGGAGGUGUAAAUAUAGAAGCCGGAAGUAACGAUGACCAUCGCAUGAAAACUAGUGAUGAAGAUAACCAAUUCAAUGAGAAAAUUCCUGAUCCUGUUGCAGAUGAUGAGGAAGAUGCUGUUCAAGAUGGCCUACUAGACCAAAUCAGAAGGAUAAUUCGUAAACAAAGAUCACCCCGGAAACCGAAAGAAUUAAGCAGCACUAGUUUUAGAGGGAAUAGUAGUUUCCUUCAGUCUAGUACAUCUCAGAGUUCAGGUGCAAGAAGCCCAGAAAAACCUAUUGGAGAACUAUUAUCGAACGAAAAUUCGCAGUCGUCAUUCACGAACGAGAACGAUGGCUUAGUAAAAAAAUCUCCUUUUGUCAGUGAUUCGCUGGAUGAAUUUCUAGUUGGGGACUCCAAAUUAAACAUAAGCUAUAAAGUACCGCAGAGUGGAGCAGAAGCGGGCUUGAAAGAACAGCUUAUAGAUGAAAGUCCGCUGGUGAUCAAGAAGAUAGUCGCCAUCAAGGAACCACAAGAAAAAACAAAGAAAACUUCUUCGGUAAAAGCGAAAACAGUAGCCCAGAAAAGAAAGCUCUUGGAGAGACAAAGACGAAUUGCCUUGAGAAAGAAUGAGAAGAAUGAAAAGAUCGACAAGAAGUAUAAGGGUGAGCUCGUUGUGGUAGACCCUAAACAAGAAAAAGAGGAAAGAGAAGAAAGUGAUGCCGCAUUCAAUAGAAAUAAGAGUUACAUCCUUUGCCACGACAACAAACUUUGGGUGAAGACUAACUGCCCUAGCAAAUGCAUUGCGAAAAUUGGACAGAAAAAAAUCGUUAGUGAUCCGAUAACCCCCAGGACAAAGCGUUUGAAGAAACUCUCCUUGCUCGAUGAGUGCAGAAGAAAACUGGAUUUCAGGCUCAAAUACCGACCAGGUCCACUAUGCAAAAAAGUUGACUUGCAGGUAACUGGUAAGGGUGAGUGGGAAUCAAAAACCAAGUGUUUGCCGAAGAUACUUUUGGAAUUAUCUCCCGCCCUAGGCCAGAGAUUUCCUGAUGAAAUUUGCCGCAGGAUUUCUGCUCUCGAUGGAAAUUUAGACAGCAACAGAAUCGAAUUCGCUUUGUCCAUGUUGACAAACAAAAAAACUGAAGAUGAACAACCAUUACCGUCCAAAUACAGCAUCACUCUGAGCUACAGCAAUAAACAAGAAAAAAUAUUGGUGCGGAACAGGCGACCACAAGAACCUAUUAGUGGCAAAACAGAAUUUCCCUGCGAAAAAAUAGAAAAUGAGUGUUCCAACGAUGAUAUAGCUGAUGUUUUGAAUGACUUGAUAAGCUACGUUGAGAUCAAAGAGCUUGCCCCGAGUUUGAUCAAGGAGGAUGAAUCUGCAGUGAAAGAAGAAGAAGUCCAUGUGAAACAGUUAUCUCCAAUCAACAAUAACAUCAGCGUGUUCAAAAAACCGCAGAAAAAACGGUCCCGUUUCGAAAUAGAGCUGUUGCGACUCAGUUGUAAAGUAGUGAAUGUGGAAGUUGAAGAAACUCCAAUCGAAGAAAAUUGCCAAAAACUUUACUGCCAGUUGGGAUGCGUUUGCAAAAGCCUAAAGUGCGACAGCACUUUCAGUAAUCAUUGCCAACUAGUCGAAUGCAUGUUCGAAUGCUCGUGUCCACUCAAAGAAAGGUCUUUGGUGUACGAUCACACCUUAACUCUCCCAGCUGGAACGGAUGUUUUAUCCAACGAUGCAGUAACCAGAAUCGAAGACGAAGCUAAGAAGAAUAUGGCCAAAGUCGAGAGAGAGUUCACGCAAACCGUGAUACAAACCAACGAUAAAACUAUAGUGGUCGGUUUGGGUGGUAGAAAUAAACCACGCAGGAACGCCAAAGCUCCGGUCAAGUAUGGCGAUUUCGUAGAAAAUAUCGAUUCACCCAAGCCUAAAGCUUCUGCAGAUUCGACGAUUUCGGCGGGUAAUUGCUUCGUCAGCUUGGAAAAGCUCGAUCUGUCUGAGAUCGUCCCGUUCUGUUUAUCGCAUAGGCACUACGAUUGUUUUUGUAAAGGAAGAUCGAAUUACUUGCCAACAGUGCCAAAACUUCUGGCGUCCAAUUUCUCAGAGUGGAAACGAGACUUGAGGAACAAACCUCCUAAGAGUUACCGUUUGGAAGCUCAGGAGGAAGACAUCGUUUGUUCGGAUGAUAAGGAUAAAAUACCGUACGUGCCGAAGAGCAUGAACCAGAAGAAAAAGAUACGCCCACAGGACAAAACGAAGAAAAUGGUUAAACCAACAGAAAAUAAUGAGACUUGUGGAAAUGAAACUGUAGUUAGUGAAGAUUCCAGGAGUGAAACGGGAAGUUUGACUUUAGCAGAUGAAAACAGCGACACCCACUCUCCUAUGAAAAGAACUUCGAGGAAUAUAAAAAAGAAGCUGUACGACGAAAAUUACAUAGAUUCCAACGACCUCGACUUCAUUCCAACGGAUUGUUCGAGAGUAAGAGAAAUAUCUCCAAAGUAUUUCAAGAAAUUCGUUUACAGUGACCAAUUGUUCAUGUUCGAUUUCAUCAAUAAUCUCACUGACUCUGACAUGUUUAAAGCCAAGAUAAACGCCUCGAGGAAGAACCAUCAACUUUUAGAGGCAGAUCUACUGAAACAACAAUUGUUAGGCAGUCACUUGGCUGACAAAAUGCGAGAGGAAUCGGACCUUGCAAACAGUCAGGCCUUCAAAAGCAAGCGAAAACAAACUCUCAGUGUCCGCGAAGAACCGAGUAGUCCGAGCAAAAUGGGCUCUACUAAUGUUAAUAGGAGUUUAGUAAAGGUUAAAGUACCAACAGUACCAUCAGCCAGUGACCCUGCAGAAAUAAAACCAGUGUUCGAUGGAGAGAUCAUCAUUGAUAAGAGCAAUGUGGAGCUUUUAAAGAAAAUGGGACCAAAAACCUUGCAAGACGGUUACGCUAGAUUGCUACCUUGGAAAUCUCUCACAGAAAGCUUCAGAACGGGGAAAAUCAACAUUUGGAGCAUGGUGGACCAGCCUUCACGUCUGUUACUGAACCGAAGUGACAAAAAGGCACCCAAGAACUACAUCGAUAUCAAAGAGUCUGACCAAACGACCGAAGUUAUCUUGUGGAUUCUGAAGAAUAAGCUACCUGCCAACUAUGAAGAGAACAGCGUGUCUUUCAUUUUGAAAGAGACCAAAGACAACUUCGAGAUUUGCGGCGUGUGCACCAGGAAUUUUACUGCUGAGCAUGCGGAGAACGCUACGAAAGAAUUUCCAGGUGAUCUGAAAAUGGGCAUCAUCGACAAUACCAAACAAUUCGUCCACAAAGACCUCAACGGAGACAUCCAAGUACUCCAAAUACGCUACCAAAAAUACAAGCUGCAAGAAUUGGUGGAAGAAGGCGAGUCCGAUAUCGGCGAGAUGUCCAUCGACAAGAGCAAGCUCUACAUGUGGGCUGCUUUACCAGAAAUCUACCGCGUUUGCAAAUGGCGGGUCAUAUACCUGAACUCCGAUUUCUCCUAUCUGUUCUUCUCCAACGUUAAGUAUUCGAUCAGAUACACGGAUUUGCUCAACAUAGGUAAAGUAGCCAAAGCUCGCCAGUGCACUUUCAUGUUGAAACACGACCUUUUGCAAACGAAUUACGACCAUGGCUCGUUCGGGAUGUACUUCGAUCCUCAUUACACCGAUAGAGUUUUCAUUGGGCCUUACUUCAGGCCCUACCAAGGGCUCGAUGUGGAAACGCUGCGGUAUAUAAAUAAGUAUCUGGUGUCGACUGAGUCGUUCAACAAGAUGCGAGGCACUAAUGACUACAAGUGCGGCCAUUGGUUGAUAGAACGGCCCUAUUCUAACUCGAAGAGAAGACAAAAAUCGAAACUUGCUGAGUUGUCGGGCAGAGCUGCCACUUCUGAACAAGCGGACAAAGUUGAAAGUGCUGUUGCUGAUUGCGGUGGGGUUGAGAAGUCGGAAGAAGUUGAGUCUGUCGUCCAAAGACCUGCUUCCGCUGAUUCUGGCAAGAGUUUGAUUGCGAAAGAGGUUGGCGAUACUAUUGAUUUGACGGAGGAAAACGAUGAGGUGACGGAUGAUAAAGAGAAGAGGAUACAGCCCAGAAGGUUGGUGCGGAGGAAGCCGGUCAAGACAAAGGAAAAGGCCACGCCGUGUAUGAUAAUUAUGCACAACACCGACGAAAUCCAGAUCAUCGAUGCCCCUCCUAGGAAACCGGAGGAAUUCAAUCGGUAUAUUUUCACGAAUAUUCCCGAUUUCGGGUAUCUCGGAGCCUAUAGAUAUCCUUCCGGAAAGAUAGACGUUUCUUGGCCGUUCGAAAAUAAACUGCUGAGGUUUCCGAAUUCUGGCAUUGCCAUCGAUUUUCUUCAAGAGCGGUUCUCAGCUUUACUUCAGCCAGUUCCUGAAACUUUCACCAUCUUGUUAACCAUUUCAACUAAAAUGGAUGUACAGAAGAACAAGCCUAUCGAUUCUAAUGUUCUAAAUGGCCAUUUCGUUUGCGGAGAGUUUGGCUUCCACAACAUCUCUACUAUGAACGACAAUGACUGCAUGGCAUCGUUGGGUAUAAGUAGGCAGGAAAUAUUGAAAAUGUUUGUUAGACGGUCUCAAAUUUUCGUCAAGAAAAGAGUGGAGCAUUUAGCGAAUUUGCUGAAAAUUGAUAAGGAUAUGAGUGGAAAUUUCGAAAUCGAGCAUAUCUUGAAAACCGCAACCGAAGAAAUUCAUAAAUUGAUAGAACAAGACAAGAACAACGUUAGUAUGAAGAAUGAACUUUUAGUUAAGAAACGUGAUAGAGCUAUAAAAGUGUUCGGUCUCAUAUCUGAAUUGCCCAGUGACAAGAGAAAUAUAGAGAGUCUCAAGUUUAGGUGGAUACUCAACAGGACUGAGCCCAUUGAGAUUCAAGAUUCGGAUGAAGACGCGAAUAAGGAAUCCCCCAAUGAGAAAAAGAUACUGAAGCCCCAGGAGUGUUUCCAGAGUGUAAUGGCGGCGAAGGGAAGUGUCCAACCAUUUACAGAGUCUCCAAAAAAGACUGAACUGGUCAACAUAUCCAUUGCCACAACAUCGACAACCAACCAACCCAAGUCCGUGCUGAAACCAUUCAUCAGAGUGUCAAACUCCCUCUACCCACAAACACCGGUACCACCAACGCCCGUACUACCACACAUAUCGAUACCACCGCGAACGCCGAUACCACCCCAAACUCCGAUACCACCCCAAACUCCGAUACCACCCCAAACACCGAUACCACCGCAAACACCGAUACCACCGCAAACAUCGAUACCACCGCAAACUCUGAUACCGCUCAUGCAAAAACCGAAGCAGAUAGUGAGGCGCGACUUCAGAUUAAUCGCGCCCAAACCCGUGCCCAAACUAGUACCUAAAAACUUCACGAGUCGGGGCGUGAAACUCUCCGGGUUAUUAGAGACCCUGAGGAAGUUGAAGAGCGUGGAGUCGUCUGCAGUUGUGGGAGUUAAGGAUUUGCUGCCUGACGACAACAAGACCUUGGUGGACGAUCAGGGUGGGUCUCUUGUGGAGCUUGAAGACCAGGGUGGGUCUUUUCUGGAGAUUGGAGAGCCUGGUGGGUGUUUAGUGGAGGAUGGAGGAACGGAAAGUUGCGUGGAGGGCGUGAGAAUGUUCGAGAAAGACGUUGUGAGCGAUAUUAGGAUUGAUGAGGUUUAUACUAUCAAGGAGAAUGACCUUGUGAUAGAGUUGGAAGAGGACUCCUCGAGCAGUAAACCCAAGGAUCUUGACAGACUUGAACCCAUCGAGGACAUCGUCAUCACCGAGGUUACCGACGAUACUCUACCAACCAAUGAGAAAAGCGAAACGGCUAUCGAAAACGUGGAGAAUCCCGUUUCGGAGCCAGCGGCGUCGAAGAACAGCGGCGGUGGAAAAAUAAUUCUGGUCAAAAAUCCUCUUUACGGACAAUCUAUUUUCAAAACUUACCGUAGGAAAUCAGUGAGUAAUAACCAAGUACCAGAAACUUGAUGAUUUCGUGAUAUGUGAUAGUCUGAUAGAUUUUUUGACGGUUUGUUCAUAAUGUGGCGGUGAUGGGCAAUGACCGGUUGGACAUAACGUUGAACUUGAGAAAUAUUCGCUCAUAUUCUCCCUAGAGCGUGAAUAUUUUCGAGCUCAGAAAAAAAGUCAGUUCUUUUUUUCUCAAGCUCGCGGGAGAAAAUUGUAUGUCAGAAUUAUUUAAAAAUACAAUAAAAUUAGUGACAUAUCUACAGGUAACCGACAACUGUCAAGCCAGUGUGGUUGUUAUAGGUUGUUUUCUUAGCAACAUGUCAAAAAGCAAGCGUUUGAUUGGCUUGAAUUGGAAGGUAUAACAUUGGAUACUUGUUCCUUGUUUGUGUGCAUGGAAAAGCCUUACUAUUUUAUAACUAGUGAGUUGGAAUAUAAAUCAACUAAUUCGUGAUUUACGCAUAGUUUUUUAUCUGAAUUCGCACCUUUAAACAAACAUUAUAUUGAUUGAGGAAUUAGUGGAAUAUAUUUAAAUUAUUUUAUUUUCAGUUUGAAUAAUUGUUUUGAUUUAUCAAAUUAAUUUUUAAAUGCAGGUCGUUGGUGAUUGUUUUGAUUUCAACACUCAAAGAAAUACCCAAUUAUGUUUGAAGAUCAUUAAUUUUUUUGAAGAUUGUUCAGAAGUGAUUUCUUCAACUUUUGUUCAUCCUUGAUAUUGAGGCUUAUUGUUUUGUGUUCUGAUUGUUCCAAUUUAAAAUCUCUAGCAACAACCGAAAUAACCGCCAGUAUCAAAUUCAGAAUAGGAAAUUUUACAAGUUUUAUUCUUUCAGCAAUUACGGCGCUAUAGUUUUGUGCCAUUGAUAAUUGUGAAAAUAAUUCAUUUGUUUUUGAAUGUAGUCUGACACAAUUGGGAAAACUUUUUAUCAUAUUAUGAAUUCAUCAAUUGAUCCUUUUUCUAGCUGGAAUGGUCUCAAUGUAUGUAAUUCAUAAUAAACUACUCACACUAAUUUCGUCGCACCCCAAAAUUUUUCCUCUGUUGAAGCGACAAAAUUUAGGGUGCGACGAAUAGUUUAGUAGGAGAGCCGGCUGCAGAUCUCUACCGUCAUCUGAUAAUGAAAUGAAAUAUGUCCCAAAGGAAGCUAAUGUGUUAGCCAAACAAGUGUCAUGUAUCUUCGAAAAUUUUCUGGAUAUUCAAUAGUUUGUGAAGUUUAUUUUCACAUUUACUAUGGAUUUCCAUCAGGAAAACAGAAAAAUCAUUCCAAAAGGUGAGAGAAAUUAAAUGAUAGUCCAAGAGCCAGCUGCAAAUUUCGACUGUCAUAUGAUAACGAAAUGAUAUAUGUCCCAAAGGCAUGUAUAACCAUUGAAGUUUAUCGAAAGGCA